UUUGGAAAAGCCAACGUCGUUCCUCGCUUUGCUGCAAAUAUUUUUUAAAUAAAUUAGUAUUAAUAUUAUUAAUUUAUUUAAUAUUAGUAGAUAUACAUAUAUUAGUAGCAACUUAAUAUAUAAAUAUAUAUUUAUCACGAAAAACGUAAAAGCAACACAAUUACUUUUUUCGUUCAAGUAAUAAAAAAGCAAGGAAUAAAAUACAAUUUAAUUAAACUACCUACGUAAGUGAAAAAAAAUCGAUUUUUCAUUUUUUUCACACAAAGAAGUAACACGAAGACUUACCAGAAGAAAAAAAAUUAGAAAGCGAGGCGGCGGCUUUGGUUAAUAAAAAUAAGUUGAAUAAAAUAAAACUUUUAACUGGAACUUAAAUAGAUUCUAAUAAAAAGUUUUUAAGCAUCAUCUUAUUCUUAAAACUCUGUUUAAAUAUAUAAAAACAGCAAAGUUAGAAAUCCUAUAAGAUACAAGCAACUAUAAUAAAAGCUUGUAAAAAAGAUAUUUGUUUGUAAGAAUAUUUGUAUAUCAAACACAUCAUUAUCAUGUAUCCCAAUGGUUAUACUGCAACGGCCCCAGGUGUCGGCACCCCAAAUGCCAAUUACGCUAAUGGCAAUAUAAACAAUGCGCCACGCGGUGAUCGCCCACAAUAUCAACGCUCGACAAGUGGAGGAGCUGGAAAUGGAGGUGCAACCUAUGGAGCACCCAAUAAUAUGGGUGGUGGUUAUGGUGGUAAUCCCCAGACUGCUGCCUAUGGUGGUGGUUAUCGCAAUAACUUUAAUCCCAUGAUGGCUAAUGGAGCUCAAAGUUUUUAUAACAAUUCCGCUGGCGGCUACAAGCCUCGUGGCAACAAUCCCAACUUUGUGCCACGUUAUCAGAAGCCACAGAAUGGCAAUGGUGGCUAUCAGUCGAAUAAUUCGUAUAAGCCAGCCAUCAAUUUGGGUUCCCUGUCGAAGGAAGAACGUGCUGAGUUACAACGUGAAAAGGCCAAAAAUCCCGGUCGUACUUUAUGCAAACCAGAAUGGGUUGACUUGCAGCCAUUCAAGAAGAAUUUUUACAUUCCCCAUCCUAAUACUUUGAACAUGAGCGAACAAGAAGUUUCGGAUAUGCGUGCUGAUUUGCAAAUCACUGUGUCCGGCAAUGAAAUUCCCCAUCCAAUUGGUUCAUUUGAAGAAUGCACCUUGCCCGAGUACACAAUUGAGGAAAUGAAACGUCAAGGUUUCACUAAACCCACAGCCAUUCAAGCUCAAGGCUGGCCCAUUGCUUUGUCGGGUCGCGAUUUGGUUGGCAUUGCCCAGACUGGUUCGGGUAAGACGUUGGCCUAUAUGUUACCAGCUAUGGUGCAUAUUGCCAAUCAGCCACCACUACAACGCGGCGAUGGACCUAUUGCAUUGGUCUUGGCACCCACUCGCGAAUUGGCUCAACAAAUUCAAUCGGUGGUCCGUGAUUAUGGUCAUUUGUGCAAACCCGAGAUACGUCAUACUUGCAUCUUUGGUGGUUCCUCGAAAGUACCACAGGCUCGCGAUUUAGAUCGUGGUGUUGAGGUGAUUAUUGCCACACCCGGACGUUUGAUUGAUUUCCUCGAAAAUCGUACCACUAAUCUACAACGUUGUACUUAUUUGGUCUUGGAUGAGGCCGAUCGUAUGUUGGAUAUGGGCUUUGAACCCCAAAUUCGUAAGAUCAUUGAACAAAUUCGUCCCGACCGUCAAGUCGUCAUGUGGUCUGCCACUUGGCCUAAAGAAGUACAAGCUUUAGCUGGCGAUUUCCUCAACGAUUACAUACAAAUUAAUAUCGGCUCCAUGAAUCUGUCGGCCAAUCAUAACAUUCGUCAAAUUGUCGAAAUCUGUCAGGAGAAUGAGAAACCACAAUUGGUGGUGAAGCUGUUGAAUGAGAUUUUGCCUAAUCAAAAUAAUGCCGCCAACAAUAAUAAUAAGAUUAUUAUAUUCGUGGAGACGAAAAUCAAAGUUGAAGAAAUAUUGCAAAUUAUCCGCAGCGAAGGCUACACAGCCACCUCUAUACAUGGUGAUAAAACCCAAGCAGAACGCGAUUCAGUAUUGAAAGAUUUCCGCAAUGGUAAAUCCAAUAUAUUGAUUGCAACCGAUGUGGCUUCGCGUGGUCUCGACGUGGAAGACUUGCAAUAUGUCAUCAAUUAUGAUUAUCCCAAUUCGUCGGAAAAUUACGUUCAUCGUAUUGGACGUACUGGACGUUGCCAACAAUUGGGCACAGCCUAUACAUUCUUUACGCCCGACAAUGCCAAACAGUCUAGAGAAUUGAUAUCGGUGUUGGAGGAAGCUGGACAACAGCCCUCUCAGGCUCUCUUGGAUAUGGCGCGUUCUAUGGGCGGUGGCGGCAACAACCGCAAUAACAACAACAAACGUUGGCAGACACCCAAUCAGGGUAAUCAACAGCAACAACAGCGCAACAAUCCUUUGAAUUAUCAAGCAAAUGGAGGCCAAAGUGGUGGUUACACACCCAAACCCCAAUAUCAACAAUACAAUGCCAACAAUGCUGGCGGUGGAUAUCAACAACAGCAGCAGCAGAAUGGUGGUGGCAAACCAGGCGGCAUGGGCAACUGGAAUAACCGCAACAAUGGACAAUUCAACAAUGGCGGUGCUAGCCAGGAUGGUGGCAGACCCUAUCGUCCUCGUGCUCCCUUCAAUGCUGGUGGUGGUAGUGGUCCACGUCCCAUGAUGGGUGGCUAUGUGGCCCAUCCUCAUAUGGCACAACAUAUGCAACAGCAGGCUGGCGGUUACAUGGCACCCCAGCAAUAUCGCCCACGUGGCCAAUACAUGCAACCCAAUGGCAACACACCACGUUUCCAACAGUAUCAAAAACGUGACUAUCAACAACAGAAUGGACAAAAUGCUGCCGGGCAAUACAAUAAACAAAUGAUGGAUCAGAAUAGCCCACAAGAUGCUACUUCCCUAGCAGCUCAGCAACAACAACAAAUCAGUGUAGCUGCCAACAUUGCAGCUGCCGUAGCUGCUGCUGGCGGCCAGGUAGGAGGUCCCGCUGAAUAUCCCAAUGUUUCUACACCACCAGCUGGAGCUUUAUAUGCUGCACCAGCUCAAUCGCCACCAGCUACCGGUGCUCCCACAUAUAUGUAUGAUGCCAGUGGCAUGUUAGCCGCUGCAGCAGCAGCUGCCGGUAAUCCCUAUGCCACUGGUCAAUAUGGACCACCACCAACUGCUUACUACGCCGCUCAUCCCCAUCAGUUUGCGGCAGCACCCAAUGGUGGUGUGGCCACUAACGCCAAUGGAGCCACCCAGGGCGCCGAAUUAAUUGCCCAACCCCAGCAGCAGUAAAUUGUUGUUGUUGAAAUACACGAAAAAAAGGUACAUUUUUCAAAUUCCCUCAUAUAUACAAUAUAUAUAUUUUUUUUGCAAACAAAAAUAAAUAUUAUUAAUAUUAAUAAUUAAUCAAUUAUAACUAUAAAAAACAUAAUUUUAAAAAAAUAUCAAUUAAUCACACACUCUACUAAUGGAAAAAACGAAAAAAAAACUGAUUUCUUUUUCUCCAAAAAACAACAAAACAAACAAAACGAAUUGAUGUAAAAAAAUACAUUUUUAAACUUUUUUUCAUACAAAAAAUGAAUGAUGUUAAAGAUCCAAAAGAUCCUAAAGGAAAAAAGAGUUUGAAAAUAAAUUUAAAAAGGAGUUUACCCCCACAAUUUAAACCAAGAAAAGAGAACAGCAUUUAUUUAAAAAAAGACAUCUUUAAAGAGAUGCUGGUCAUCUAAGAAAAACAAAACAAACUCCCUAAAAAUUAACAUAAAACGAAAAACGAAACAAAUCAACAUUUCCCCUAUUUUUUUUGUUUUCUCUCUAUACUUUUAAAAAAACAUUUAAAAAAGGAAAUAUUUUUUUUUUAUAUAAAAAAUUUCUAUUAUUAUUAAUUUGUUUUGAAAACAACAAGGUGUUUUAACAGAGCAGAGCUUGUUAUAAACGAAUUGAAUUGAAAAACGUAACGAUUUUUUAAACCUUGUGUAAGAAUGAACAUAAAUUAAUGAUAAUAAUUAUAACAAUAGUAAUAAAUAACAAAUAAUUAAUGAAUGAAAACGGAAACAAAAGAAAAAUUAUAAUUUUGAAAAACAAAAGUGAACUAUUUUUUUUAUUAUUAAUUUAAUUUUAUUAUAUUAAUUACAUUAUUUUUUGUUUUAAUUUAAAAAAUAAAUUAUUUUUAAUUUUACAAUGAGUAACAACAAAGAAAAAAAAAACAAAUACACAAUACAAAUCAAUACAAGUUUAUAAAAUUAAUUUGAUUUAAAAAUUAAUUAAUGAGCAACAAAACUUAACUUUUUUUUUGCAUUUAAGUAUUAAAUAAUUUUUGUUGUUUUUUUAAAUACAAAAUGAAAAGCUAAACAUUUUUUUUUUUACAAAAUUAAAUUAAUUAAUUGAUUGAUGCAAAUGCAUUAAAUUAAUUAACUUGCCAAAGCCGCCGCCGCAGCCGCCUUUUUGUCAUUAUUAUAUGUGUGUGUUAUAUAUAUAUAUAAUUUUUGUGUUUGAGAUUAAAAUUAAAUUAUAAAUCAAACAAUUUAUAAAAUUAAAAAAGAUAUAUAAAGAAGAAUGAAUGAAAAUGAAACCAUUUUGAAAGAAUUAAAUGGUAAACAAAUUAAAUUAAAAAUACAUACAUACAAUGCGCCACAUUCAUCCAUACAAAUAAAAUGAGAUCAAUUUUCUUACUUUCUUUGCUAAAAUUUCUUAAUAACAACAACAACAACGAAAGUGAAGAGAGUAAAUUAUAUCUAAGGUUAGAGCGGUGAAACUAAAUUUUAUACAGAUUUUUAGAAUUUUCAAUCUUUGUUGUAUUGAAAAGAAAAUAAUUUUCUUGUUUUAAAGAAUUUUUUUUUUUGUAAUUGAAUUUUAUUAAGAAAAAUACAAGAUAUUCUUUGUAAAACAUUUUAAAAAAAUCUAUAAUAAAUUUAAAAAUGGGAGAAAGGCUAUGACUAUUUCAGAUUUGUCUACUUUGAUUAUAAAGAAUUUUAACAAAGAUGUUAUUUAAAUUUCUAGAGUUUUGAUAAUUUUCAAAAUCUUAACAAUUUUGCUAAAGUUUUUUUUACGAAUUUCGAUAAUUUAAAAGUAUUUAGGCAUGAAUCAAUGUUUAAGUAAUUUACAAAACGAAAACAUCACACUUUUUUAUUCUUUUUCAAAAUCGAUUUCCACCCCCCAUCAAUUUCAUAACGACACUUUAGUAAAAUUAUUUUUCUCACUCAAAGGCUUAACAACAAGUGCCUUGAGAUGCGUUGAACUUUUGUAAUUUAUCAUAUUUAAAAAUUUAAAUGCAACUGCAGAUCAUUUUGUUAUGGUUUCUUCCAAAAAUGUUAAAAAUCUCAAUGACAUUCCUUAAAAAAAUAGUUAUUUGUUUAGAAAAGAAAUUGUUUGUGUUACAGAAUAAAAAACAUUUCUUCAACAAAAUUAAAAAACUUGAUGAAUUUAUUGAAAACAUUCUUACAAAAUCUAUCUAUAUGUGCUGAAAAAUUUGUAUUUAAGUUUCACUGCCUGCCUUUUCGAAUUAAGAAAACAACAAUCUCCAACUACUUACUAUACACACAUUAUUUCAACUGAAAAAUUUAACAAAAUAUAUUAUUUUUUUUAAUUAAAUCAAAAUCAAACCAAAAUGAAAAAUAAGAAUCCUUUUAUAUGUGUGUUGUGUUUCAAAAAAUAACUAAAUAAAAGAAAAAUUAGGCGCGCAUCAAAAUUUUUUUAAAACUUAUUCAAUUAUUCAUACAAAAUUAUUUGAAAAAAUAAAAAAAUCAACUGAAUAUCAAUUGAGUUUUUAAAAAAUAAAAGUAUUUUUAAGAACCUGCUGUAUUCAAAUGUCCCCGUUUAGGUCUCCCAAACAUUUAAAAAACGCCAAUAACGAACAAUUUUUUUCAAUAUCGUGAAUUUGGCUGUAGUAAUUAAUGUUUGUUUCUCUAAACCUCAAACGUGUAGACGGACAACAUGAUUUUUUUUGGGAUUUUUUACAAAUAUUUAAGUUAAAUUAUAAACACAACUUAUAUUUUCCUUUAAUGCUGUUUUAAACAACAACAACAAAGUAAAAAAUAAAAUUUUUUUACAAUUUUAAUAUUUAUAUAUAUAAAUAAAAACCAACAAAUAAACAAAGAUUCGAAUUUAAUAUUUAAAUCUUAGAUUUAUAGCAAAAAUACAAACCAUUAAAAGAAAUCCAAAAAAAAGAAAAGAAAUAAAUUGAAAUUCGAAAUUCGAAUUAUUUUUCUUUUUUUUUUUCUCCAAAUUAAAUAAAAAUGUUUAAAAUUUUUUGGUAUAAACUCUAUAUAAAUAUAUAUAAUUUUUUUGUUUUUCGACAAAAACAAAACGAAAAAAGAAUUUGGUUUUUGUAAAACCUAGAACUUAACAACAACAACAAAAAUACAAUUAAACAAAUUAACCACAACAAACAAAUAAUGAAGGAUCUCGUAUUUUUAAUUAUAUAUAUAUUUUUUUAAUAUUUACUACUAUAACGAAUGCUGUGAGUGUUGUUUUUGUUUUUUGUCUUAAACUUCAAAAAAGAAAAAAACAAUAUUUUGCAUUUAUUAUACAAAAACAAACAAACAAAUAAACUUUAAAUGAAAUGAAAAACAAAUGAACAAAAAUUGAAACAAAAACAAGCAAAGCAACUAUUUAAAAACAAAGAAACAAAACAAAAAUACAACAAUGUGAUGUGAUAUAGACUUAAAAACAAACAAACAAAAAAUGAUUUAAACAAACAAAAAUACAAAACAUUUUUAUGGAUGACAUGAGGCACAUUAUUAAUCUUUAUUAUAAUUUUUAGUUUAUUUAAAAUAAAUUUUCUUUUUUUUUGUACUAACUUUUUUGAAAUAAAUAAUAAUUCAUUUACAAUUAUUAUUUAUUAAAAUAAUUUCCCAUAUCUUUGUUUGUAAACUCAAAAAAGAAAAAAAAGCCCACAAAAAGUACGCUAUUUUUUAAAACAACUUGAAAAAAAAACGGUAACAAAACAAAAGUACCCAAACAUUUUUGUUUUUUUUUUUUUUUUAAAUACUUAAUGAAAAAAAAACAAAUAUUGUAUCGUAUGUAAACCAUAGCAAAUUUAAAUAUAAAAACCUAAAACAACUACAAAAAUAUAUAUGUGAUAAUAUUACAUAAUUCCAAAAAAUAUUUAAAUUUAAAAGCAAACUAAAAGCAUUAAUAAUGAAAUUAAAUUAAUUUCCCUUAGAAAAAAAUUGGUAAACAUAAAAAUUUAUUUAUUUUUUUUUAAAUUUUUCUAAACAAGGUGCUAAAAAUUUUGCUUUAAAACCAUAUUCUGUCCUUCUCCAAAAUAAAAAAAAAAAACUAACAAAAAACCUUAAGCAACUUGAAAAGACUACUUUUUUGUUUUUGUUUAAACAAAUUUAAUUUAAUACUUACCUACAUACGAAUACGAUAUUAUAUAUGGCAACUGAAUAUAUAUAUAUAAAAUUUAUAUUUUUUUGUAUUAAUUGUUGUUCUCAUUGAUUAUAAUAAAUUGAAUUAAACAUAAAUCAUUUAAUUUUUAAAGAAAAGACAUCAUUACCAAAACAAAUCUACAAUAUGUAAACUUGAAAAUGUUCUCUCCAAAUCAUUUUUUAAAUACUUAGUAUCAAAACAAAAAACAACCCCACUACUUUUACUUCAUUUGUUUUUGUUUAAUUAUAAUUAUUAUUUAAAAUUUUUUUUAUUUUGUUAUAUUUUCUUUAAAACAUCAUAUAUAUUAAACCAAAUGUAUUUAAAAAAAAAAUCAAACAAAACUCAGCGAAAACAAAGGAAAUUUUAUGUUAAAAACCCUUUUAAAAGUUUUAUAUACAUUAAAAUUACUUACUAUCUACAUUAAUAACAUACAUAUUACAUUUUAUCUUUUCUUUUAAAAAUAUCUUUCUUUAUUCUUUAUAUUACUCAUUGUAUACGCAAUAAUUUAUAAUUUGUAUUACAACCACAAAACACCCGAAAAAAACCACUAAAAACUUAAAAUCAAUAUCAAAUAAAAACUGAAUUUUUUGUUAUUUUUUUAAAAUAUUUA